GUUGGUCAUCACGAUCACUUCGAAGGCCAUCACUUUUUACACACAAAAUGGCAGAACGUGUUCAGGCGCAAAAUUAUGCAAUCGCUCAACGCGGUGAAGCAACUCAACGUCAACAAGCAGGCUUCUUCGGUCAAGAUGUUGACGAUGAUGAAUUCAUUGGUGAUGAUGGAGAUGUAGAUCUAGGUAUUCCAGAUGCAUAUGCUAAUAGCGGAUUCAUGGAUGAGAGUGCAUUGGCAGAAUCACAAGUUCAACAACAAGUAGCUGCUGCAGCCGCUCAACAAGCAGCAGCUCAGGCUUUGGCUGCAAUUCCAGAUGCAGUACGUAAAUAUAUCGUCCUCUUCCGUCAAGCUGUCAAUAACGGCAACGUAGCAGAAAUUACAACCGCAUACGAAGCCAGCUGGAACAGACUAACAGAAAAGUUUUAUCAACGUACCGAGUGGCCUGAAGCAGAAGUAAUUGCUCCAUUAGUAGAAGACGACCAAAAGUUCCUAACCCUUUACCGCGAAUUAUGGUACCGUCACGUCUAUUCCCGCCUUUCGCCAGAUGGUGAAGAUCGAUUCCACAGUUACGAUAAUUACUGCGACUUUUUCAACUUUGUUCUCAACAGUGAAGGACCUGUUCCGCUCGAGUUGCCUUCGCAAUGGCUUUGGGACAUCAUUGAUGAAUUCAUUUACCAAUUCCAAAGCUACUCACAAUGGCGCAAUCGCGUCUCUGCCAAAUCGGAAGAUGAACUUUUGCUCUUGCAAGAUGGUGGUGUUUGGAGCAGCUACAGUGUUUUGAACGUUUUGUACAGUCUUAUUCAAAAGAGUCGAAUCGUCGAACAAUUGCAAGCUGCACAUGAAGGUGAAGAUCCAGAUGAAGUGGCAGGAGAAUUUGGUUCAAGAUCACUCUACAAGCAAUUGGGAUACUUUAGCAUAAUCGGUCUAUUGCGUGUGCACGUUCUUAUGGGCGAUUACACCUUGGCACUUAAGAUGCUCGACACAAUCGAUCUACACAAAAAGGCACAAGCUUCCGUUGCAGCAGGCUCUGCUUCAAGCGGUAGUGGUUUGCCAUCUCUAAAUCGUGUUACAGCAUGCCACGUCACAUGCUACUAUUACGUUGCAUUUGCAUACAUUAUGCUACGUCGCUACCCGGACGCUAUUCGAUGCCUCUCCCAUAUUCUUGUUUUCAUCAUGCGGUUGAGACAGUACCACACACGCAGUUGGCAAUAUGACCAAAUCGCAAAGACAGGCGACCGCAUGUACGCUCUGUUGGCAAUUGUGUGUGCCUUGUGCCCAACUCGAUUGGACGAAAACGUGCAAACAGCAAUGCGUGACAAGUAUGGUGAGCAAUUCGGCAAAAUGAGCAAAGGAGGUGAUGAAGGUUUGGCAGCAUUUGAAGAGCUGUUCUUGUAUGCUUGCCCCAAAUUCAUCACUGGAAAUGGACCUCCAUACCACGAUGAUGAGGCUUUACGCCCCUUCUACACCUCACCAAUCCCUGAUCCUGCACAACACCAAGUCCGCAUCUUCCUUUCCGACGUCAAAUCACAAUUGUCCAAUGCCAACAUUCGCUCUUUCUUACGCCUAUACACAACGUUGGGAACAGACAAAUUGGCCAAUUUCCUCGAAGUCGAUCAAGAAGACCUAGUGGAAGAAUUGAUGGUUGCCAAAGCCAGCAGCAGAAGUGUUAAAUGGAACGAUGGUGGUUUAUUGGAAGGUGAAAUCGUAAACACAAGCGAUUUGGAUUUCGUCAUCGAUACAGAUAUGGUUCAUAUUGCUGAAUCACGCGUAGGAAGAAAGUAUGGUGAAUGGUUCUUACGUCAAGGUGUUCGUAUGCAUCAAACAUUGCAACACAUCAAAUCUAAACCUCUACCUAUCGUUGAUGAGAAAGCACAAGCUGCACACGCAGCCGCCGUUGCAGCAGCAGCCGCAGGAAAUGCAGCUCAAAACACAGAUGGCAACAAAUCUAGAACUGGUCAACAAGGCCGUACGGGAGGUGGUGCUGCUAAAGGAGCAUGGGGCGCUCCUCGUGCCAGUGCAUCCGUAGUUGCAGCAGCAGGACCACAACCAAAUGGUGCUUCAGCUACAACAGCUUAAAAGAGUAGACUCAUUAUGAGCGCUACAAUGAUUAUUAUCUCAAUUGUACAAUGUAAGCGAUUUUCUAGAACUAAUCAGAUGUUGAUUUAGGAUUUAUCGAUGUGCAUUGACUGUUGCGAACAAAGUAGUAAAACAAAGAUAAGAUCUGGGGUGUACA